UUUCACACGGAUAUCUUCCUGGAAAUUAGCAAAUUUUAUAAUCUGCAAAAAUGUGCUCUCUAAAGGUUGUAGUGUCUCUCGCUCUCUUAGCUGUAGCUUCGGCCGAGCACUUCCGAUCCCAGUUCGGGGGCUACAGCGGGGGCUUCAAUGGGGGCUACAACGGUAACAAUGGGGGCUACAACGGCAAUAACGGUGGCUUCAGCCGCGGCGCGCACAUCCCCAUUCUGAGCUAUGAGAACGUGAAUAACGGAGAUGGAAACUACAGAUACAGCUACGAGACCGGCAACGGCAUCAGGGCCCACGAGAACGGGUCCCCCCGCGCGCAAGGCCCCGAGGGCCCCGCGGUGACGGCCGACGGGGCGUUCUCCUACACCGCGCCCGACGGCCAGCAGGUGUCACUGACGUACACGGCUGAUGAGAACGGCUUCCACCCCGUGGGCUCUCAUCUGCCCACCCCGCCGCCCAUCCCGGAGGCCAUCCUUAAGUCCCUUCAGUUCAACAGGCAGAAUCCUUCAUCGGAGGGGUCCUACGACAGCGGAAGAUACAACAAUAAUGGUUAUCACUACUAACAUAAACAUAUUAUAUCUAAAAUAUGUAUUUAUUUAUUUAUGACUACAAACAAUGCGACUACGAUGCUUUGCAAAUUUUUUAAUUUAUAAUUAUUAUCCUUUUUUUAAAUAAGCAAUAAAAAAGUGUUUCUGCAUGA